AUGAGCGACAGACCCGUGGUGCAGAUAGUCAUUGUCCCGCAUCGUCCGGUCCACGAUGAGGCGGAACUCGACAACGAGCUCAACCAAGCUUUCACGCUGGUAUUAAGAUCUCAAGGACUACUUGGCGCGUAUCAGGGACAUAAAUUCGAGGAGCGGUACACAAGAGUCUACUUACUCCUCUGGGAAAGCCUCAGCGCCAGCCAUCAUUUCCUCACCUCAGAGGCCUACGACAAGUUUAACACGCUUGCACAGCCGAGUCUCAGAGGCCGUACCAUCACAUGGACACAGCAUGCCGCCAUUCAGGCUUCAGGGCUUGCCAGUGUGGACCGCUUCAACCGUUUGUUAACAGCUCCCGCCAUUGAAGUUGCCUGGACGAACGUUAAAGAAGGAAAGGUAAACGGGUAUCUCAAACAGUUUGACGAGGUGGUUCGAGAUAUCUUGGACGCUGAACCGGGCUGCGAUGGCUUUUUCAUAAGUCCGCACCUUGAAAACCCUCAUAAUCAGAUUCUACUCAUCAACUGGAAAAGCGUCGACGCCCACCAUGUCGAGUUUGAAAACAAGGCAACGUUCAAGGCGUGUAUUGAUGCCCUCUACGAUUACUACCGGGAGUUUGUGGUCCCCUGGCAUAUCGUGGGACUCCGAAAACUAGCUUAG